AUGCCUGCCGCCGCCACUGCCACAUCUUUGGCCCCUAUGACCGAGGAUUUGUCAGCAUCGGUGCCCUCUGAGCCAAAUGGCAGCGGGGAGCAACAACCCUCGCCCGAGUCCACAGGGCAGACACAUCAUUCGAUUCCUAACACACCAUCGGAUUUUUUGACCAUGUCUUCGGACGAAAGCGACUCCCCUCCUCGCUCCACCGCACUCCGCGCGCCCACCCCUAUCGCCCCUCCCGCGCAUGAUGGUGACGGUGACACAAACGGCAGUGCCACGCCUGAGCCAUUGGUGCAAUCACCUACACCCGCUCAAAUGGUGCUGCCAGAUCCAUCGGAUACACAGCAAACCCAUUCCGAUCCCUCUCCGCCCUCGGCUUCACCCCCUGCCACUGCCAUUUUGCCCGCUGCCAUUUCACAUCCUGUCGAACACAGUGAGCAUGCAAACUCAGCCCCACUUGGCGAAGUCAGUGAGAGUGAAACACACGAUGCAGCGGGCGAACACAGUGAGAGUGAGCAAGAUGUUCUUCUCAGCGAUCCUGCUCCACCCAUCGCUGCCAACGUGCUGGAUGCCCAGCGCAAGGUCCUGCUGAAGACAUCUGGCCACAGGCAACUCCUCGCCUGCCCAUUUGGGCUUUGCAAAUGCAAGGGGCCCCGCCUUGACCGCAAAGCUUGGGUCAAUCAUGUACUACGCGAGCACCCCUACGACGAGCAAGCCACUGAUCUGGUCAAGCAGGUGAUGGAGGCCAAAUUGGUUGCCCAGUGCAACAAGUGUCACCUCUUCUUCGAAGCUGCUGGUAUCAGUCAACACCGCUCCCGAUGUGGUGCCAAUCUGAAGCGAGCGACCGAGGCGUUGUUUCAUGCGGCUGGACACGACCUGCUUGAGAUUAUGCGUGGCGCUUGGCCCCAACAGUGUGUAGGGUCUCGCAUCAGUGUCUGCGAGCUGCUCAAGCUCGCCCGGCAUCCACUGAUGCAGCGCAGCCGCUACCCAUCCAACGCCACCGAGACCAAGCUGAUGGCUGCCACCUUGAGCCAACUGUAUUGGUCUGCCGUCCACUCGGACUAUACCGCUGAAGAGCGAGAGAUGUGCUGGGCUUUGAUUUUGGCCUUGCCUAGCAUGUUGUUGUCUGCUCCCUCGACCGCACUGUCUACGAUUGACCUGCGCAAUAUGUUUCACGAUCGUCUCCGUUGGCUUGUGACGGGGCAACUAGGUCGGGUCGUGGACGCCAUGCGCAAGGCAGUCGCACGCAAGCAGAGCCGUCGAGGACAGCUGAACGCCGGCGCGGGCGCCCACCCGAACGAUGCAGUCGACCAGAGCCUCAGGUCGCUCGUCCGCGACCCGGACCUGGCGGACGAAGCCUGGGCAAACCACGUCACGAACCGUCUGAACCGAGGUCAGAUUGCCAAAGCAUUUGAUGCCGACAAGGCUCGUGCCGUGAUUGGUAAUUCUGAGGUUCAGGCCGUGCGCGACCUCUUGGUACCGCCCGGGCUGACCCCGUACAUGGCUUCGACACCCACCUCCACGUCUACACUGGCACCAGCCACGGCUGCGAGCUCCCCAACCGUGUCCUUCACCAAGGGUGAGCUCCCCAAGGCGUUGGCGGCCACCAAGGGUGUCACCGACCCCUAUGGUUGGUCUGGUGAGCUUCUUGCCUCCAUCUACCGCAUCAAGGAGCACUUCAGUCAGGUCUUGGGCCCACGCCAGGGUUCUACCAGCAACCCGACUGCUCCUCCUGAUGGAGACGCGCCUCAGGGCCCCACCACCGCCACUGGAGGUCCUCAGGUUGCCUUGAACAAGAUCUUUCACCACAUUGCCAACAACACCGUGCCCGAGUCGAUUCGACAUGCCCUUUGCUCCAUCAACUACACUAUCCUGGAGAAGGCCAAUGGCAAGUUUCGACCCGUGGGCACGGAUUCCAUCUUCAACAAGGUUGUCAACCGCGCUCUGCUCGAGCAACAGCAGCCCCAUAUUGCCCACUUGCUACAGGCCAGUCCAGAGCUGGCUGUCGGAGUCAAGGACGGCAUUUCAGCAGCGGUUGGCAUGGCCUUUGGUGAGCUUCAAGCCUGUGAGUCUACCCCGGGCUGGACCAUGCUCUCCCUCGAUUUCAAGAGUGCCUUCAACUACACCGACCGAGCACGGCUGCACGAUAUUGUGGCCGACAAGGUCCCUGGCCUCUUGCGCGCCUUUGAACGACACUAUGCUCGACCCACUACCCACUGCAUUGUCGACAAGUUCUUCAAG